GAAUCUCUGGAUGAGGUGACCAUCAAGGACACUCUGGAGGGCGACAACAUGUACACCUGCUCCCAGUGUGGCAAGAAAGUCCGCGCCGAGAAAAGGGCGUGUUUCAAAAAGCUGCCGCGGAUCCUGAGUUUCAACACCAUGAGGUACACCUUCAACAUGGUGACGAUGAUGAAGGAGAAGGUCAACACCCACUUCUCCUUCCCGCUGCGCCUCGACAUGACGCCCUACACCGAGGACUUCCUCAUGGGCAAAGGAGAGCGCAAAGAAGGUUUGACCUCACGUCACAAAACCCGCAAGACACUCAGUCUUCACUCGGAAAAUGACAUCUUUUUUUCCUACUCGCAGUUUUUUUAAUGAAAAUAUUCAGGGCAUACAGUUCAUGAACCAGGUCAGAGUUCCACACGAGUCCAUAAACAUACAUUAGUACUUCUAUACACGGAGCAGGAAAGAGACAGUUAAUAGAAAAUU